UUCAUCAUGGCGGAAACAAACGCGUUUACGAUAAAAUUAUUAAAAUACGACUAGACCUAGACUAGAUCUAGAUUCUAGCUUGAGUGAGAGUGCUUUGUGGUUAUCCUAACGUUUUUACCAGUGAAAAACAAUGUGUGUAUUACAGUAAUAAAAGAAAAUUCAUGCAUUUCUUCAUCUGGUUAUGUGCCAAUUAUGUUUGGAGCUGAAGGGAGCAAACUCUAAGAUUGUUUUGACAUUUACAGCAGGUUUGAAGUAGCUUAAAGUAAAGCAAUGUUUAACUGGAACGCUCAGAUGCGAGGGGCAGGUUUCAACCUCCCUCACCCACAAAUGAUGCCCUUUCCAAGUGGACAGGCCCCUUUUCACCCGACUAUGGCUUUUCAAGGUCACCCACAUCAGCCAAACUGGCAGCAACAGCAGCAGCACAACUUUCAGUGCAUGCCUGGCAUGGGCAUGAUGAUGGCGCAGCCCUGGGCGGGUCAGCCGUCAGCUGUCUUUACUGGUUUCCCAGCUGACCCCAUGGGCUUAUCAGUUCCUGGUCUGAUGGGGCAAAUGAACCCAGUCCCACCUUCUCAGCCCCCUCCAGAAGAGAAGCCUCCAUUGCCUGCGGAACCUCCUCCACCUCUACCUGUGUCACCCAAGCCUCCCUCUACACCUCAGGAACAGGGCAAACCUCCAUUACCUGGACAGGCAAAGGGCAAAUGGGAUCAGACACCUCAGGAACAGGGCAAACCUCCGUUACCUGGACAGGCAAAGGGCAAAUGGGAUCAGACACCUCAGGAACAGGGCAAACCUCCGUUACCUGGACAGGCAAAGGGCAAAUGGGAUCAGACACCCCAGGAACAGGGCAAACCUCCAUUACCUGGACAGGCAAAGGGCAAAUGGGAUCAGACACCUCAGGAACAGGGCAAACCUCCGUUACCUGGACAGGCAAAGGGCAAAUGGGAUCAGACACCUCAGGAACAGGGCAAACCUCCGUUACCUGGACAGGCAAAGGGCAAAUGGGAUCAGACACAAAAAGAUCCACCCGCUACACCUGAUCAGAUCAAAGGGCAGACAAAUACUCAGACAUCUGGUCAACCAGUAGCACCCUAUGGCCCACCUCCAUCCAAGCCAGCCCCUCCCACAGAACCUGCACCAUCACAGCCCCCUCCACCAGACAAACCCAGUCCAGACCCAAAAUUGGUAUCUGAUCUUGCAAGAGUGAAACAAGAGCAGGCGGCAUUCUUAGAGCAGUACAAACAGUGGAAGCAGCAGUAUGAUGAUUGGAGGGAGCAGAACCAGAACCACCCAAACAAAGAGCAGUUCAAACAAUAUUUGGAGCAGUGGCAGACGUACGAGCAGCAGAUGGAAGUCAGGAGGAAGAUGAUUGACUCACAGAUUGAAAACUUGCAGGGACAGCUGGCACAAACUAACAAGCCAGCAGAUAAUCCACUUCCCAACCAGUGGUCAGCGGACAAUCCUUUGCCCAACCAGUGGUCAUCAGAUAAGCCCACGCCCAACCAGUGGUCAUCAGAUAAGCCCACGCCCAACCAGUGGUCAUCAGAUAAGCCCACGCCCAACCAGUGGUCAUCAGAUAAGCAGACGCCUAACCAGUGGUCAGCAGAUAAUCCACUUCCCAACCAGUGGUCAGCAGAUAAGCAGACGCCCAACCAGUGGUCAGCAGAUAAGCCCACGCCCAACCAGUGGUCAGCAGACAAUCCUUUGCCCAAUCAGUGGGCAUCAGAUAAGCCCACGCCCAACCAGUGGGCAUCAGAUAAGCCCACGCCCAACAACCGGUGGUCAGCAGAUAAACAGACGCCCAACAACCAGUGGGCAUCAGAUAAGCAGACGCCUAACCAGUGGUCAGGCCCAUCCCAGUCUAACAGUGCAACAAACCAGUCCCAGCCGGGGUGGGGCCAACACGAGCCAGGUACAGCUCCUUCCACUGGCCUGGGCCCAUCUGCACUGGGUGAGCCUCGGUACCCGCAGAAGUUUGAGCACAAGGACAGGUCUAGUGCCCCACGCAGUGAGUACACCCCCACAGAGAGCAAGGUGAGAAAGUUUGGGGGGGAGGAGGACGAGAAGGGUGAAGAGGACAUGAACCUGGACAACGAGGAAGAUUCCGGUGGGAUCAUAGAGAGUGGUCAGCAGCCUGACUGGCCAGCCCAGCGCUGGAGCUCAGGCCAAUGGAACACCUGGGACCAGGAGUCUGGAGACCACUGGAACAAUCCACAGCCCUACAGCCAGGCUCCUCGGGGCUUUCCUAGAGCCAACUUCAGAGGACCAGGUGACAUGGGCCCCAGGUAUGCCAGAGGGGGCCCUGGUAGCAAUCAGGGCCCUCGAUUCCCAGGGCCUGGGAUGAACGAGCGUUUCCCUGGUCAGGGGAUGAAUGAGAGAUUCCCGGGGAUGGGCGAGCGCUUCCCCGGACCUGGGAUGAAUGAGCGCUUCCCUGGACCUGGGAUGAAUGAGCGCUUCCCCGUGCCUGGGAUGAAUGAGCGCUUCCCCGGGCCGGGGAUGAAUGAGGGGUUCCCUGAACCCAGCAUGAACCAGCAGUUUGGUGGACCUGGGAUGCAUGAAGGACCAAGAUAUCCACCCAUGAAAGAUGUUCAGCAUUUCCCUCCAGAUGGCCCUAGAUUCCCCGCUGGCGGGCCAAGAUUUAAUGGGCCAAGGCACAGUAGCGGUAAUGACUUUGAUGGCGAUGACAAUUUUUUUGAUAGAGACAACUGUGAAGAUGUGGGGUAUGAUCCAUUUGAUGGCCCAGCAGGUAGAGGAAGAGGAAAUUUCAUGAGAGGUCCAAGAGGCAUGGGGGAGUUUCAAAGAGGGAGGGGUGUGGAGAGGGGGAGAGGAGGUUUUCCUAGAGGCAGAGGUGGAAUGCUGGGUGAGUUGAGCCAAGAGGUGGCUGAAGAUCCACAGAGACCAGACAGUGAUUUUCUCAUUGGACAAGAAGAGGCUCAGGGAAAUGGAGAGGAGUUUCCUCGUGGACGAGGAGAGUUUCCUUGUGGACGAGGUGGAGAAUUUCCUCGUGGACGAGGUGGAGAAUUUCCUCGUGGACGUGGAGAGUUUCCUCGUGGACGUGGAGGUGAGUUUUCUCGAGGAAGAGGUGACUUCCUGAGAGGAAGAGGAAGAGGGGUAGAUUUCUUCAGAGGAAGAGGUGCCAUGUUUGGUGAAGAGGAUUUUCUAGAGCCAGAACAAGGACCUGGUAGAGGGGGCCUCCACCCCAGAGGGAGGGGAAGGGCACCACUCCCUUCCCUGUUAGAUGUGAGUUUUGAAGAGAGCAUGAAAGAAAAAUUUGCAGACUUUGAUCCUGCAGCUGAUGCACCAGAUGAAGGUCAGGAGAACUUCCAGCCUGACUUCAUGGACAGAGGGCGGGGCAGGGGGGGUGCUAGGGGCAGGGGUAGGGGAUUUCAGGAACCUGCAGAAGAUUACAGUGAAGGCCUGGACUUUGCUCCUCAAGGUAGGGGUAUGAUUAGGGGAGCCAUGGAGCGGGGUAGGGGCGCAAUGGAGCGAGGUAGGGGCGCAAUAGAUCGGGGUAGAGGUAUGAUGGAGCGAGGUAGGGGCGUAAUAGAUGGUGGUAGAGGUAUGUUCAGGGGGCGAGGAGGCUUCCCUCCUGAACAUUUUGCCCGAGAAGAGUUUGGCUUUAAUGGGAGGGGCCGUGGGCGAGGCAUGGCUGCACCCCCUGCCUUUGAUGGUGGUAUGCUCAAUCCUGAGGAAGAAUUUCAGGAAGGAUUUGAACUGGAGGACUUUGACAGGGGUGGCAACAUGGAACAUGGUGAUGGGGACUUUGACUUGAGAGGACGGGGUGUGGGGCGCGCUGUGUUUGGACGUGGCAGAGGGCGUGGAGCUGGCCAGCCAAUUUAUGAUGCACCAUGGGGGAAUGAUGAAGAAGAAUCGAUGGCAGAGUUUAACAGGCCUGGCCAUCCAGGUGGCCGAGGUGGUAGAGCUGAUGCAGGGGGCAGGGGAAGAGGGUUUAGACUACCAGAUGAGGAAAUGUUGGAGCCAGGGCUUGGAGCUGAUGAUCUUCUUGCCAGAGGGCCAGGUCAAGAGCUAGUGGAGCAGCCUGAUCUGGCCAGAGGUCAAGGGAGAUUGCUGAAUGAGGAUGAGCCUGAAGCAAAAAAAGGCAGAUUUGAUGAGUACCCUGAGGAAAGUCUGGCCAGGAGGAAUCUUCCGCCAUUUCCAGCAUUUCCCAGAGACCCCCUUGACCCAUUUCUAGAUCCUUAUGGGGACCCAUAUCGUCGCUAUGCUGAUCCUUAUUACAGAGACCCAUAUUUGGAUCCUUAUGGGCCGUAUGGAUAUGACAGGAGAAAGUUUGAUAGGUUUGGGCCGUCCAGAUUUGAAGGAGAGAGGAAACCAUUUGUCCUUGCUGAAAGUAUAGACUACGGGCAUGGCGGAGUAGAGAAAAAAGCCUUUACCCCAGCGGAGGUGAUAGACUACGGCCAUGGCCAAGCUGGUGAAGGUACAGCAGGACCAAGGGAAGCCAGUGGAGCACAGGACCCAUCACAAGGUGAUCCAGACUGGUCAGUGGACAAAGAUCUGAGAGAGAUUGACCAAACAUGUGGCUCACGUGAUGUGGACCUGCGCAGCUUUGACAGGUCCUCAAGGUCAUUGGGUGCAUACCCAGGAGGGAGAGAGGAGGGGAGGGCAGAAGAUGAGGACAUGAGGUACAGGGGCAGAGAUGGAGGGAGGAGAUUUGUCCCCAGGGACCAUGAUGGGAGGAGUCAGGAGAGGGAGGAGCUAGGGAGGAUUGACAAGGGUGAGGGAGGAGACCCAGAGCAGGACCUGUUCAGGAGGGAAGAGAUGUAUGGCAGGGGGGUGGACCUGUACAGGGGAGGUGAGCCAUAUGGCGCCAGAAGAUCUGAGCAUCACAUCAGCAGAGCAGAAUUUGGCAGAGGCCAUGAAGAAGAUGUAUAUGGUGAGAGGUUUGCCCCAGCCCAGCGGGACAGUUUGUUGUAUGAGAGAGAGGACUCGCUCUAUAGAGGUCAAAGAGAGGAGUAUGGACGUGGCUUGUCUCCCCUCAGGUCUUCCCCACCCUUGAGGCUCCCACAGCCAACUGCAGCCACAGCAGAGAUUGUAAAGGUAGAAGACCUUCUCUGCCCACCAGCUCGAGAGAGUCGACCACCUCAUGUUGUUGUCAUCAUCAGAGGAUUGCCUGGCAGUGGGAAAACUUAUGUCAGCAAGUUGAUCCGGGAGAAAGAAAUGAGUUACGGUGGACCUGCCCCCCGCAUGCUGUGUCUUGAUGACUACUUCAUGGUGGAGACAGACAAGGAAGUCCUGGACACAGACACUGGCAAGAAGGUCAAGAAGAAGGUGAUGGAAUAUGAAUAUGAACAAGCCCUGGAAGAUGCAUACAGGCAGAGUUUGUUGAAGUCUUUCAAAAAAACAGUGGACGAUGGCUUUUUCCCCUUUAUUAUACUGGAUGCUACUAAUGAAAGGGUGUGCCACUUCUCAGAGUUCUGGAGUUAUGCCAAGUCUAAAGGCUUCCAGGUUUAUGUUGGGGAGCUGAAGGUUGACAUAGCCACCUGCAUACAACGUAAUGUCCACCACUGGACAGAGUGGGAUAUUGAGAAGGUGAAAAAGAAUUGGGAGCCACUACCCAGUCACUACAUCCAGCUGGACCUCAGGUGGUUGCUGCAAGAGGACUCCAUCCCAGAGGUUAUCAUGGAAGACACUGAGCCAGAGAGCAAGGAAGAAAAGAAAAAAGAAGAGGAAGAGGAGGAUUCAGCCUUGGGAGGGGUUUAUCAAAAGUCUAAGUGGGAACUAGAUACUUCAGAGGAAACUUUAGAUAAGUUGGACGGCAUCAGGGUGAGUAAAAAACACAUCCAGGAGCACCAGAGCCUCAACGAGUACCUCCAGCUUGACCAGAUGGACGACGAGUACAUCUCACGCGAGUCCCUGCCUGGGAAGAAACGAGUGCGCUGGGCUGACCUAGAGGAGAAGAAGAAUCAAAGUCGUCGUCGUGAUCUGGGCUUCAUUGUUGGCCAAACCCAACAGGACUGGGAGAGGAUAACGGACGAUGAUUUUGCCAGCAAAGCUUUGAACCGCACCAAAUAUUUCUUCAAGUCGUAACAGCUCCCCCAUUCUUUGCUGUACUCCUCCGUGGGGGAGGGGGGACAGAGUAACAGAACAAGCCAAACCCAGUUUCUUCAUGGUUCUUGUAUACAUUGUUUUAUUUUUAAUUUUUUAAAAUUCAAAUUGUAAAGUUGUGUAAUUAUUUUGUUGAAGAAUAUCAGUCAAUGAAUUGUAUUUAGUAAUAGUUUUUGAUGUGGCUUGUGUGAUACCUGCGAACAGGUGUUACCUGUGUGCAGGUUUUACCUGAGUAGUUGCAUCACUGUUAAGAUUUGAUGAAGUGGUGUCAUCUAGGAUUGAUCUACUGAGGUCACCUAGGAUUGAUCUACUGAGGUCACCUAGGAUUGACCAACUGAGGUCACCUAGGAUUGACCUACUGAGGUCACCUAGGAUUGACCAACUGAGGUCACCUAGGAUUGACCUACUGAGGUCACCUAGGAUUGACCUACUGAGGUCACCUAGGAUUGACCUACUGAGGUCACCUAGGAUUGACCAACUGAGGUCACCUAGGAUUGACCUACUGAGGUCACCUAGGAUUGACCUACUGAGGUCACCUAGGAUUGACCUACUGAGGUCACCUAGGAUUGACCAACUGAGGUCACCUAGGAUUGACCUACUGAGGUCACCUAGGAUUGACCUACUGAGGUCACCUAGGAUUGACCUACUGAGGUCACCUAGGAUUGACCGACUGAGGUCACCUAGGAUUGACCAACUGAGGUCACCUAGGAUUGACCUACUGAGGUCACCUAGGAUUGACCACAAUGAGCCUUGUUUGUUAUUUUAAAUGUUGUGUAGGUGACCCAGUAUUAGCUACCUAUGUGUUGAGUGUUGAAGUUUUAACGUGGUGUAAUAUAUCUGUGUCUCGCUAAGGUCCAGUCUCUACUGUACAGACACUCAUUAAUUAAUAAACAUUUUGGUUUUUAUGUUCACUCCCAUU